AUGCCAAAUACUUUAACUCAAUCCUAUGUUCAAGAAAGUUCUUGGAAACCAGAUUUAUUCAAAGGUAAAGUUGUUUUUAUCACUGGAGGAGCAGGUUCAAUUUGUCGUGUUCAAGCAGAAGCUAUGGUUUUAUUGGGUGCCAAUGCAGCAAUUAUUGGUAGAAAUGUUGAAAAAACUGAAUCUGCAGCCAAAGAAAUUGCAAGUUUAAGAUCAGGUGCUAAAGUUUUAGGAGUUGGUGGUAUUGAUGUUCGUAAGAUUGAUAGUUUAAAAUCAGCUGUUGAUAAAACUGUUGCUGAAUUAGGUAGAAUUGAUUAUGUUAUUGCUGGUGCUGCAGGUAAUUUCUUGUGUGAUUUUAAUCAUUUAUCUUCGAAUGCUUUUAAAUCAAUUGUUGAUAUUGAUUUAUUGGGUUCUUUCAAUACAGUUAAAGCAACAUUUGAUCAAUUGAGAAAGAAUAAAGGUGCUAUUUUAUUUGUUAGUGCAACUUUACAUUAUUAUGGUGUUCCUUAUCAAAUUGGUGUUGGUGCUGCUAAAGCUGGUGUCGAUGCUUUGAGUAAUGCUUUUGCUGUUGAAUUGGGUCCAUUGGGUAUCAGAUCAAAUUGUAUUGCACCAGGUCCAAUUGAUGGUACUGAAGGUUUACUGAGAUUAUCUAGAGCCAGUAAAGAUCAAACUAGCAAGAAGGUUCCAUUGCAAAGAUUAGGUACUACUCAAGAUAUUGCUGAUGGUACUGUUUAUUUGUUUUCCCCAGCAGCUUCUUUUGUCACUGGUGAUGUUUUGGUUGUUGACGGUGCUUCUUGGCAAAUCUCCUCUGGUGUUGGUGCUACUGAUUACCCAGUAUCUAUCACCAAAGCCAACAGUGAUCCAGUUGGUAAAUUAUAA